AUGACCUCCAUCAGACCGCAUGAGAAGCUCCGAUCGGGCUGCGUCGAAUGCAAGCGACGCAAGAUCAAGUGCGACGAGGGCAAACCUAUCUGCAAUCGCUGUAAACAGCGACCAGAUAAGUGCAAAUACGAAUUCAAACUAUGUUGGACGGAAGGCAGGCCGUUCAAGAAUAAAAAUCGCCAGAAAGACAAGGCCAGACAGCAACCUGGCUCCCAGGCACAAUCAAGCGCCUCGGGAAAUGUUCAAGAAUGGCAGUCGGAGCCUACAAUACGCCCAGCAAAGCCUGCUGGGAAAAGCGAUUCAAGGCCAGCUAGCAGUCGUGUCCCAGGGUUGAAACAGGAGGCCGAUGAUGAGGUCGAUGAUGAGGUUGACCGACGGGCAUCUUUGGCCAUGUCCGUGAGUACCUGCUCAGAUUAUUCUGUGGCUACUCCGCGAAAUGCGAGUUUCAGUUGGGUGGAUCAAUCCGGUUCCUAUUCAUAUCAACAAGAGCCAGCGGGGAUGAAUUGGCAUCAUUGGCAACCAGCCAAACCACAACGCCAACAAAAACCGCCCCCUCCGCCCGUCUUUCAACAUCAAUGGCAAAUCCCUCAGACCAUAUCAACAACUGCAUCGCCACUCAUUUCAUCAUCUGAAAGUCGAUUCUUUUUGCAUCACUACAUCACCAAUACGGCGGGGGUGAUUUUCCCUCUUUCACUCAAGGCGAACCCGCUCAGCGAGUCCCUUCUUCAAUCAGCCAUGAAUUCGUCGCAUCUCUUGUAUGCGUUUCUCGCGUGUUCUUGCUCGCACUAUAUCAGUUUGCGAGGAGAUCCAACGGGUGAAAUGACGAAAAGCGUCACAAAAUUCACCAAUGCUGCCCUGAACGGGCUACGGAAGGCCAUGGUCGAUCCGAACCAGGCCGGCCAACUGAGUACACUAACCACAGCACUUGCACUAUGCACAUCUGAUGUUAUAUCUGGGGGUAUGAAUACCUGGAGAAUCCACCUUUCGGGCGCCAGUAACCUGGUCGCCUCGGUCUUUGAGCUUCAAAGCAACGACGAAUCAAUCAGCACCCAAGACCCAACGAAGCUCUUCCUGAUCAAAUGGUUUACUCUCCUUGAUAUCUUUGCCGGCGUCGGCGGUCUUCGCAAGAGUGCCAACGCUGGAAGCUAUUGGUCGCUGCCUACGUCAAACGACACGGGCGGGUAUAUCGACGAAUGGACCGGGUAUUCCUUAGACUUGAUCCCGAUCAUGUCGGAGAUUGGCAAACUGGCACGAAUUCAACGAAAACGAUCGAAGAUCAUGGCUCUCAACGAUGAUGAGUCUGAGGAUGAAGCAGCCAACCAACAGGCUCGCCUGGAUACAGUGGAAGACAUCCAGCGCAUCGAGAAUCAAAUUUAUGCACUUUACGACCGGACGACACAUCCCGAUCUCGAGUCGAACCCGACCACGAAAACGACGGCGGAAGAGAUGCGACAUAUUCAUCGCAUCUUCCUGCACACCAAUCUUCUCCAUCUGUAUCGUCGCGUGCAGGGUCUGCCUAAGGAACAUGCCAAGCCAGCCCAUGCAAUUCACAUGGUCAUUGAGUUGCUGCUCAAGAUCAGGCCACAUUCCAUGGCAAAUAUCCUUUGUCUAUGGCCAGUGUUUACGGUCGGCUGCGAAACUGAAGAUCAGACUCAACGAAAUAUCAUCAAAGACCGACUCACAAAUAUGGAGGCCUUUGGGAUGGGCAAUGUGCAGAGUGCGCGGAAGGCGAUGACGGAGUACUGGGACUGUAAUGUGAAGGAGAGAUGGGAUAUCUGGCUGGAAGAUCGUGGUUUCGACUUGAGUCUUUUCUGA